CAGUCUUAUCGUACCCAGUUAAUUUUCCAAGAGCUCCUUGGAGCUCAACAACCCAUGCUUGCGCAAAGGCACACUACGCAAAGCUUCACACAUUUUUCCUUAAGGCAGUAAUGAAUAUCAUGUGUUCUCCAUACAUACAAUAGCUGUAGCAGCCCCUCCUCUCAAUCGCACACUUCAUCCCAACAUCGCGACCCUCGGCGCAAGCAGCAAAGAGCCCAACCAACAACAUGGCGCCCUCCACAAAGGGGACAAACCCCGCGCCCAACUACACCGUAGCAAUGAAUCAAGUACAAACACAGAUCGAAGCCCAGCUACGCAUAGUGCGCUCCUUCAUGCCCUCGCGAGCGCCGCCGCCCAACGCGCAAACCGCAACUACAAAGCCCACUCCAUCCUUCUCCGCGCUCGCAACCAGCACAUCCAAACCGUCCCUCCUUCCGCGCCAGCGCGCCCCAAAACAAGACGCAGAAAGUCUAUUCGCCGAGACGCGCGCGCAGGACCCGAACGCAGGCCUCGGGUUCGGGCAAUCUUCGAAACGCGCAGCCGAGCGCGAGAAAGAGCGCGAGAACCAGAUCCUGCGCUCGCGCCUCCUAGGCCGGAAGCGCGGGGCAGCACCCGACGCAUCAGGCAGGACGCGGCACCAUGGCGAGAGCAGCGACGAGGAGCCUGGGCGGAGCGGAUUAGGACGAGCCAAGAAGCGGGCUCGAAGGGAGGAAUCGCGAGAAGAAGGGGAAGAAGGCAUUGGACCGGAGCUCGAGCUGGAAAAGGCCGGCGCAAAGCAGGUAGGAGAGGACAGUGCAGCGAAUGACGAGGAAGAGACUGGGGAUGUAAAUAUGAAGACUGGCGUCUCAGAUCCGGCACCGGAUGGCGCAGAAGGCGCCCCGGCCGAAGGGGCGAAGAAGCGGAAACGGAAAAAGAAGAAUAAGAAGAGGAAAAAGGAGAAAUCUGAAGAGGCAACGGCCGAAUAGCAUGCUACUAAGCCAUUGUUUCGUCUGACGGGAGCGUCACCGCUAACAAUGUGCCCCUGAAUUCACUUGGUUAUGAAAGUGAAUACAUAAAUCAGCAAAGACAAAGCUUCCGAUCUCAUCUUAAAUCGCCAUUCCAACCCAGCUCACUAAUAUCACCUCAUCAUCGACAUCACCAUCAUCACGAUAAAAUAUCCAGUUAUCUGCUUCUUGUUUUCAUUUUUAUCUAGAUGAGUAUUAAAUCAGCCUAGCGAGUCAACGUCCAUUGACCGCUGAGACCUUCGUUCGCGUGGAAAACGAAGCAGCUAAAAUGCUUUUUUCGUUCCAUUUUUUCGAGGUAUCCAUGUAAAUUUUCUUCGCGGAGAUGGGAAUCAAGAUAAAAGCAAGACGAAACCUCCUAGUAAUGAUACAUUCCCCGUAGAGGAACAACUUCAGAAAGUAGAAAAAAAAAAACCCCCCCAAGCAACCAGAAUUGUAAAGAGCAGACGGAGAAACUCGGUCCCCGCCAUGCUCCCCAACGUACCAGUCGCGUCCCCC